AUGUCGGCUCCAUGCCGGUUUCUUCGUGGCGUGAUACAGAUCUUCGUGCCAGACAGGCCAAACUUGGACAAGUCCUUGAACCAGCAAUACCGUAUCGCCUUCUACCUCUUCUGGCCCUUGAUUCAGAUUGACCUGUACAUCCUUCGCUUCUACAAAGACAGCGUGCUCGUGAUGCUGGCGCUGAAGGGCUUCAAGUACAUGGAUUCUGCUAGACGGGUGGAAGGCUUGCUGAAUCGGUCUCGGGGGAAGAUCCCUCACCUCACGAAGUUCACUUCCAGGAUUGAGGCCUUCCUGAAGGGCAGCAUGGGCUUCACGAGCAUGGUGUGGGCAUUCUUCCUUUUUCGAGAGCCGCGGCAGGGCGCAUACCACCAGGUGGAAACUCUGAGCAUGAAGUCAUCCAUCACCCAAGUAUGGGUUACCCCGGAGCAUUCACCCCUUCUGGCGAUGCCAGUGCUCUUGAUGUUUGGACUGUGGGUUGGUGAUGGCAUGCUGCAUCUGGUGACGAUGUCCUCGAAUGCCUUAACGAUCUGCUACUGCAUUGACGUGGAGAUGGUGGGUGGUACCGAAACCGAUGCCCUCUACGCCCCAGCCGGCCUCAAGCUGGUCUAUCGAGACUUGGGCGGAGGCGAGUCCGAGCGCGAGCUUGCAGAGCUGAUGGCAAACAAUGCCAUCAUGCAGUAA